AUGGGCGAUAUUGAGACUAAUGAACUUCUACAAUUGUACAAGGAUAUUGAAAUGUUGACAGUUGUGAAAUCUUCCAAAUAUGGUUUUGAAUUCACUCUGAACCCUAAUGGGGAAUGCACCGUCAAUGUCAUGAGGAGGUUGCUGGAAUCUAAAUUGAUUAUGUAUAAAGGUAUAUCCAUCUGUUGGUCAAAACUGAUACCUUUGAAAGUAAGAUGCUUUAUUUGGAAAGCUUCAUUGGCUAGAAUCCAUGUGGCUGAUGCUUUGAUGAUCAGGGGUGUUAACACUACAAAUAUUACUUGCCCUUUAUGCAACAAGGAGAAUGAAUCAACAGAUCAUCUGCUCAUUACUUGUGAUUAUACUCGGGAGGUACAAGAUUAG